AUGCUCGAUCCUGUGGAACUCAAGCUUUUCCCAUCCUGCUUUGACUGUAUUUCCUGGUCCCCAGAUGGCGAGCUGGCGGUUGCACUGGGAGAAUAUGUCCAUGUGUUGCCGGGAAAUACUUUUUCUCUCGGCGAAGAGCAGUCCUCCAGUCACGUUGUUGCCUUGGCUUGGUCACAUCACCGCCUGGCCAGGUACUCUCGACAUGUCCUCGCGGUGUUGACUAGUAACUUGGUCCUGUCUCUCUGGGAGCUGGUGGAUGGCUAUUCGAAGUGGAUGAGGACUGUGGUCGUCAACAAUGCAUUAAGAGAGGCCUUUGGCCUGUCAUUACGCGGAAAGGGUUCUAUUUUAUACCGUAAAAUGCAUGUGAGGUGCUUUUGCUGGAGCCCAAAGAGUGACGAGGAUGAUCAUCACGAGGAUGCUUUACAUGGGCAUCAAGCGUAUCGAGAUAUGUCUCUGCUGGCUGUGGCGAAUGAUAUGAACGACAUAACUCUGAUCAGAGUUAGAAAUGACCGCCUGAGACCAGACAUGAAUACUCGACGACAGUUGUGGGUAGAGGUCAUUUCCCAGAAUGAAAUACCAGCCCCGCAUGUAGCAUAUCCUCGUAUGCAGCCUGAUUCCCUUCUGGGUCAAUCAGUGAGAUCUGUGCCCAUCAUAUCUCACAUUACAUGGGGUCCCGCGCGUCAGAGUUUUGACGAUCAGGGGAACCCUAGAUAUUCUUCACCUCUUGCAAUUAUUCACGCCACUGGAGUUAAGGCUUUUCUACUACAUGCACGGUUUGAAGACCCGGGACGAGCGGCUGAAGACAGCGAUACGGAUGCCAAACUAGAUUUACGCUUGGGCGAAGCUAUUCCUAUUUCCCAAGAACCUCAGUUUGAGAGUAUGAGCUUCCAUGGUCCGCUACGUUGGAUUGACCACGCGGGCCCCAAAAAUCCAUCAUCAUCCUGUUUGGUGGUUGGGUAUCUUGGAGGAUAUGCACUGAUCAGCUUUGACCACUUGUUUACCCAUAAGUCCGCUGGGACAGAGCAGUCGACGUCUACUGUAUCACUCUACCAUGCACUACAUGCAGACACUGUGGAGGAUGAUAGGUUGCUAGAAUGGGAGCCCAUUACCGCCAUAACUUCCACAGAGGAUACUAAAUCCCAUACAACUGUCAUACAUGUCACCCAUUUUUCCUCAUCCCUCCGCUCCCUACCGCUCCAAGCGAUCCAGGUUCGGGACAUUACCGCUUGCAAUAAUGGGCGCUCGGACAAUGCACAGACUGCCGAUCUCCACAGACAGAUGGAAGGCUUCCGCAGCCGAUUCGACCUCGACCACGACCUGGGCGGAAUGUCCUUAGCUAGAAUAUGGGGAAUGACUAGCCAUCGAGGCUGGAUCGCAGCAUGUUUCACAGUUCAUCCCAGCGACAUGGUUGAAUAUGUUACUACGGCGCGCCAACGAUCGCGGAUCGUCUUUACGCCACCGCACCCAAAGGAGGGUGAAUCAGCAGAGCUCCCAUGGCGCAUUCCCCCAGAGCUAACGCCACAGCGCAUGAAGGCUGGUCGCGACAAAGCUCUCUCUUUUAUCCUGCGUGAUAGUCAUAGAGAUCUACUGCAUGAUCACUGGGUGAAAAAGCUACAAUACGCCGCUAUUUGCUGUCUCAUUACAGAUCAAGACCCUGUCGACGCGCCGCACUUGCUGGAAGCUGCAAAAUCAGCAGCGAAGUGGUUAUCUAGUACAUUUAGCCUUGACCUAUCAGUGGAGUUAUCUUGUAUAAAUGAAAAGCUCAAGUCGCAGAUCGAACUUCCAGCUGGAUCCGCAGGCGGCCCGGAAACAAGUAAACACCUACCCGGCAAAACUUGUGAUGCCCAAACAGGACCUGGCGAUGAUGUAUUUGAAUAUUGCGAUAUAUGCGGUAGCGGUAUUGACUGGUACUCCGCUGAAGAGUCCCAAUGUGCGGAGGGGCAUGUGUUUGCUCGAUGCGGUUUGACGUUUCUCUCCAUCCAGGACCCGUCGAUUUCCAAGCGUUGCUCAGUUUGUGGUAGCGAGGUCUUGGAUGCGGAGCUCGUCGAUUUUCCCAGUGUGAUUGGACCAGGGAUGGGUGCGGCGGGUGGGUCUCAGCCUCAGGAAUAG